AUGGACGUCUGCUGGUUGGGUAUACAUCAGCUUGUUGAGUUCAACGUAAAAGUUCGUUACAAAAGGCGUGUUUGUGGCACCACCUCAAGUUCCGUACUUACAGCGACAUCUCUUUCAACAUCAACAUUUUCUACAACCGUUGGGCGGAGCGCAUACUUUGUAAGAAGGAGCGCUAGUUGUGCUAAUCCAUUCCGAAAGCCAGUAAUCAAAGCAACGUCCGAAACAUUGAAAUCUGAUUCUAAAGAAGAGCCGGAGGAAACACCAAAGGAUGGAAGGAAGACACGCGAUGAUGAGGAUGACAUAAAGUCUGUUGGAGUCACAUUGAUCAAAAAAGCAGUAGGUUGCAGGCCAUCCGGUCUACGAACUUCUCGAAUCGAUUUGACCAAUUUUUGA